AUGCGCAAACCAAUCAGUAACUGCCCAAUCUGCGACGGGCGACUUGAACCUGUCAAACUGAAAUGCACUUCUUGUGAAAUGGCAAUGGAGGGACGUUUCCCAAUUUCUAAACUUGGACUACUACCCUCGAAUCAGCAGCAAUUCGUUGAAACGUUCCUUGUUGCGAGGGGCAACAUCAAAGAGGUCGAAAAAGAACUGGGAAUAUCAUACCCAACGGUGCGAAAAAAACUGGAUGAGGUCAUCGACACACUGGGGUAUGCACCUCACAAAAAACGGCAGGAACAACUCGAAAUCCUUGAUGCUAUUGAGCGUGGCGAGAUGUCUCCACAGGAAGGCAUCGCAGCCAUGCAAGCACUGAGCAAUUCAUUUCACAAGUCCACAUAG